CACAGCUCACAUAUAAGAACACACAGGGUCAGACGAUGGUAGAGCUUUGCAUAGUUGCAUCACAUUAAUUUGGACCAAGAAACAGAAAGUGGAAGUGAGAAUUAAGCUAAUCUAAAGAAGAAGAGGAAGAAGAUGGAGGAGGAGGAUUAUGUGUUCAAGGUGGUGGUGAUCGGCGACUCGGCGGUGGGGAAGACGCAGCUGCUGGGGAGGUUCACCAAGGACGAGUUCUUCGUGGACUCCAAGUCGACGAUCGGGAUCGAGUUCCAGACGCGGACGGUGGAGAUCGGCGGGAAGCGGGUGAAGGCGCAGAUCUGGGACACGGCCGGGCAGGAGAGGUACCGCGCCGUCACCAGCGCCUACUACCGCGGCGCGCUCGGCGCCAUGCUCGUCUACGACGUCACCAGCCGCCGCACCUUCGACCACGCCGCCCGCUGGCUCCGCGACCUCCGCGCCCACGCCGACAACUCCAUCGUCGUCAUGCUCAUCGGCAACAAGGCCGACCUCGCCCACGCCCGCGCCGUCGCCGCCGACGAGGCCGCCGCCUUCGCCGAGGACCAGGGCCUCUUCUUCUCCGAGGCCUCCGCGCUCAGCGGCGACAACGUCGACGCCGCCUUCCUCGCCCUCCUCCACCACAUCCACGCCAUCGUCUCCAGGAGGUCGCUGGAGAUGGACGACGCUGCCAUCAACGGCGACGCCGACGCCAACGCCAGCGCCAAGCUCAUGCUCCAGGGCACCAGGCUGUCACUGUCCGACGAGCUCUCCAUCAUGGAAACCAGCGCCAUCAAGAGAGUAAGCAGAUGUUCAUGCUCUUGAAAUCAUCAUCAUCGCCGCAACAUGUAUGGAUGAUUUAUGUACAAGAUAAGCUCAGUCAUCUUCUUGAUGAUCCCAAGAAGAUCCAUAUUUUAAAGGAAGAGUAUAUAUACAUUCAGGUCUUUUAGGGUGAAAAAAAAAAACAAGCGUUAGUUUGAUCUCAUCGUGUAUCUAUUUCAACUCCAAACUCCAGAGUGCUCUGGCAAGAACAAAAUGUUUGUGAACCA